AUGCCAAUCACUAUCUAUCUAUCUAUCUAUCUAUCUAUCUAUCUUAAUCUGUUUCUCUCUAUCACAAUUUGUUCUUAUCUAUUUAUCAAUCUAUCUAUCUAUGCCAAUAUCCAUCUAUCUAUCUAUCUAUCUAUCUAUCUAUCUAUCUAUCUUAAUCUGUUUCUCUCUAUCACAAUUUGUUCUUAUCAAUCUAUCUAUCUAUCGAUCUAUCUAUCUAAUCUGUUUCUCUCUAUCUAUCACAAUUUAUCUAUCUAUCUAUCUAUCUAUCUAAUCUGUUUCUCUCUAUCUAUCACAAUUUGUUACUAUCUAUCUAUCUAUCUAUCUAUCUAUCUAUCUAUCUAUCUAUGCCAAUUACUAUCUAUCUAUCUAUCUAUCUUAAUCUGUUUCUCUCUAUCACAAUUUGUUCCUAUCUAUCUAUCAAUCUAUCUAUCUAUGCCAAUAUCUAUCUAUCUAUCUAUCUAUCUUAAUCUGUUUUCUCCAUCUAUCACAAUUUGUUCCUAUCUAUCUAUCUAUCUAUCUAUCUAUCUAUCUAUCUAUAUAUAUAUAUAUAUAUAUAUCUUACACCUACCUACCUAUCUAGCCUGCCCACUUUCGUUCUUUCUCUUCAUUAUCUAUCUAUCUAUCUAUCUAUCUAUCUAUCUAUCAUAUCUAUCUAUCUAUCUAUCUAUCUAUCUAUCUAUCUAUCUAUCUAUCUGUCUGUCUAUCUAUCUAUCUGUUUGUCUGUACCCUUUCCAUCUAUCUAUCUAUCUAUCUAUCUAUCUAUCUAUCUAUCUAUCUAAGACCCUUUCCAUCUAUCUAUCUAAGACCCUUUCCAUCUAUCUAUCUAUCUAUCUAUCUAUCUAUCUAUCUAUCUAUCUAAGACACUUUCCAUCUAUCUAUCUAUCUAUCUAUCACUGUACGAUGAAUUUUUAUUGA